CAUAAACAAACGCCGCUCGGUCGCACGUGGACCGCGGAGCUGCUGUGCCUCGCGACAGAUCGAGGGCUCCGGGCGCCCUGCUUCCAGGCACAGGGAACCGCCGGGGAGGGCAGGAGAGCGCUCCCGGGCCGGGCCCCAGCCGCCUCAGCUCCCCUCCCGCUCCAUGGCUCCGCAGCCGCCGCCGCCCGUGCCGCCCUCCUGUUCGGAGGGGCCUCGCGGCAGCGGGUACGAACACUCCGUCAAGGACUAAACAGCACCGCCGCCUCCUCGCGGGCCGCUCUUCACCGCCAAGGAAAGCCAAGGCAGCGGAGACAAGAGGAGGGAGGAAGGAAGAGUGAGCGGAGGCAGGCGGGAAGCCGGGGCUCUGCUCUCCGCGGGACAGUCCAGCCCGAAGGAGGCUGCGCCCGGGGCGGCGGCGGGCGGAGCGCGGGGCGGCGCCCGCCGGGUUGCCCAGGGCUCUUGGCCCGCGGCUGCGGAGGAGCGUCUCGGUGCCCUCGGUCGGCCCUGCGCACCUGCCCGCGGCCUGCGCCCCAGACCCAUCUGGCCCCCGGCGCCCCCUUCCCCAUCACCGCCGCUGCUGCCGGAGCGGGGCUCCGCGGGCCUGGAGCACGGCCGGGUCUAAUAUGCCCGGAGCGGAGACGCGAUGAAGGAGAAGUCCAAGAAUGCGGCCAAGACCAGGAGGGAGAAGGAAAAUGGCGAGUUUUAUGAGCUGGCCAAGCUGCUCCCGCUGCCAUCGGCCAUCACCUCGCAGCUGGACAAGGCGUCCAUCAUCCGACUCACCACGAGCUACCUGAAGAUGCGCGCAGUCUUUCCCGAAGGUUUGGGAGACGCGUGGGGACAGCCCAGCCGCGCGGGGCCCCUGGACAGCGUCGCCAAGGAGCUGGGAUCGCACUUGCUGCAGACUUUGGAUGGAUUUGUUUUUGUGGUUGCAUCUGAUGGCAAAAUCAUGUAUAUUUCGGAAACCGCUUCUGUACAUUUAGGCUUGUCCCAGGUGGAGCUCACCGGCAACAGCAUUUAUGAGUACAUCCACCCCUCCGACCACGACGAGAUGACGGCAGUCCUGGCAGCGCACCAGCCUCUUCACCAUCAUCUGCUCCAAGAGUAUGAGAUAGAGAGGUCCUUCUUUCUUCGAAUGAAGUGUGUCUUGGCGAAAAGAAACGCUGGCCUGACAUGCAGCGGAUACAAGGUCAUCCACUGCAGUGGCUACCUGAAGAUCAGGCAGUAUAUGCUGGACAUGUCUCUGUAUGACUCGUGCUACCAGAUCGUGGGGCUGGUGGCCGUGGGCCAGUCGUUGCCACCCAGCGCCAUCACCGAGAUCAAGCUGCACAGCAACAUGUUCAUGUUCAGGGCCAGCCUCGACCUGAAGCUGAUAUUCCUGGAUUCCAGGGUGACGGAGCUGACGGGGUACGAGCCGCAGGACCUGAUCGAGAAAACCCUGUACCAUCACGUGCACGGCUGCGACGUCUUCCACCUCCGCUACGCCCACCACCUCCUGCUGGUGAAGGGCCAGGUCACCACCAAGUACUACCGGCUGCUGUCCAAGCUGGGCGGCUGGGUGUGGGUACAGAGCUGCGCCACCGUCGUGCACAACAGCCGCUCGUCCCGGCCCCACUGCAUCGUGAGUGUCAAUUAUGUCCUCACGGAUAUCGAAUACAAGGAACUGCAGCUGUCCCUGGACCAGGUGUCCACGUCCAAGUCCCAGGACUCCUGGAGGACCGCCUUGUCUACCUCACAAGAAACUAGGAAGUUAGCAAAACCCAAAAACACGAAGAUGAAGACAAAGCUGAGAACAAACCCCUACCCCCCACAGCAAUACAGCUCGUUCCAAAUGGACAAACUGGACUGCAGCCAGCUCGGAAGCUGGAGAGCCAGCCCCCCCGCCAGCGCCCCGGCUCCCCCAGAACAGCAGCUCCAUUCAGAAGGCGGCGACCUUCUGUACGCCCCAUCCUACAGCCUGCCCUUCUCCUACCAUUACGGACACUUCCCUCUGGACUCGCACGUCUUCAGCAGCAAAAAGCCCAUGUUGCCGGCCAAGUUCGGGCAGCCCCCAGGAUCCCCGUGCGAGGUGGCGCGCUUUCUGCUGAGCACGCUGCCAGCCGGCAGCGAGUGCCAGUGGCACUAUGCCAACCCCCUGGUGCCCAGCGGCCCGUCUCCAGCUAAAAGCCUUUCCCAGCCGCCAGCGAACACAGCUCGGCACAGCCUCGGGCCAAACUAUGAAGCGCCCGUCGCCGCCGCGCGCAGGUUCGGCGAGGACACCGCGCCGCCGCCGCCGCCGCCGAGCUUCCCGAGCUGCGGCCACUACCGCGAGGAGCCGGCGCUGGGCCCGGCCAAGGUCGCCCGCCAGGCCGCCCGGGACGGGGCGCGACUGGCGCUGACGGGCCCGGCCCCCGAGUGCUGCGCGCCGCCAGCUCCGGAGCCCUCGGGCGCGCCGGCGCAGUUGCCCUUCGUGCUGCUUAACUACCACCGCGUGCUGGCCCGGCGCGGGCCGCUGGGGGGCGCUGCGCCCGCCGCUCCCGCCCUCGCCUGCGGCCCCGGCGUCCCCGAGGCGGCAGCCGGCGCGCUGCGGCCCCGGCCCCCCGCCCCCGCCGCCGCCGCCGCCGCCGCCGCCACCGCCGCCUCGCCGCCCGGCGCGCCCCUGCCGCACUACCUGGGCGCCUCGGUCAUCAUCACCAACGGCAGGUGACCCGCCCGGGCCGGACCGCGGGGUCCUGGGGCCGCCCGGCCUCGCGCAGGGCUGCUCGCGGGGAGAAGCCAUAGGCCAGCCUCCUUGGCUCCCGUUUGGCAGAGUCCAGCCGAGUCACGAGGGGCGAGCUGUAUAUGCACGAUUUAAAUUAAUUUAUACAGAGACGACUAUUUUGCUAGAACGCCGCCGCCGCCUUUUAGAUUUGUACCGUAGACGCCAUAAACGCCGCCGUAGAGGACUGAGACUCUGCGACAGGGGGAGACCUGACCGCCCGACCUCUGUUCUCCAAGAGCCCGGUUUUCUGAAAGGGCGAAGCUGAGCGUCCCCGACGUCCCACGUGUGGCCUCACUUACUCCGUCUUUGGGGACCCUUGGGGUCCUCACCUUGAAACCAGGCUUGCGCGUCUUGCCUUGGCCCAGAUGCUCACUGCCCCUCCGGGGGAUUGAAGGGGGCCCCCCGCUUCACCAAAUCCUCUACUUAAAGGAGGGAAGCCCACCCUGAUACAGGUGCAGGCGGGAGACGUGGAGGCCCCCUGUGAGUAACGAGAGCCCUUUUAGAGGCAGAGUGUGACUAAGUCCUCUCUGAACGGACAACUCCUCUGUCUUACAUUCAUGAGUGUCAUUAAAAGAUGUCUUAAUUUAACCCUUUCUUUAGUACAAAAGUCAACAAGCUGAGACCAAAGGGGUGAUGGUGGGUGUGUUUCACAAGUGCAUUCACGAGCUCUUCCUUCCGAACCCCUACGAACUCUUGAUACCGCCAAGCAUAGCACCUUCGGAAUGUCCUGAAUAGGCAUUAAAUGCAAAAAAAAAAAAAAGUAAACAGCCAGAUAUUUUAUGAGAAUGACAUGUGGAUGAAUUAGGUGCCCAGUGGAUUGGCCACCCCUGUCAGGUGUGAUGACAAAGCAAGUUCCCUACGGCCCACACAGACCUGUACUUCUCUAGGCUCGUGUUUGCUACAAGUAGUGCUCAUAAAGCUAGUGAAAUUGCAUGUGCAAUACGGAAAAUUGUCAGUGGACUGCGCCUCGUGGAAGAAAAGAUGCAAAAGGGAUGUAAUGAAAAUGAUGUCCACUUUGUCUUCAGCAUUUUCUGCAUUUUAUACAGAGCAAGAAAACUCCGUGUGAACCAGUCAUGUGUGUAACAGGUAAACAGAAACCUUUUUAUGAAGCACCAGCAGUGUUUUUAAAAUAAACUUCCAUUAAAUUUUGUUUUAUUUUUAUACUUUUGCUUCAAGAUUUCACCAUUUAAAACUCCUAUGAUGGCUCUGAAGUGGAUCAAUACAUUGAACCACUGUCUUUCAAUCUGCCCUCCCCCCAAACACUCCCUCAUUUUGCUGCUUUUUCAAAAACUUCCAUGAGUGGAAAGGUUAUUCACAAAUGUCUUGAACUCACUGUUCUAGAAUCAAAGUGCAUGUACAUCGACUGUUCUCAAAAUGUGAAAGGAUCUGUUGCCAACCCAGUGUCACUAUGAGGACCUGCCUUUCCCCUAGGACAGGGUCAGUUGCCUUAAGGUACAAUUUGCAAAUUUAGGAACGUGUGUCUUACAGUGAAGGGGCAGAGUCUUAAGAAUCAAAGGCACACACCACUAUAACUGUACCUUCUAUCACACUUAGCUAUACCUCAUGAACAGCUUUUUGUGAGUGUACACACAUUAAAUAAGCCUGGGCUAUUAUUUUUAUGCUGCCGAGACCCAUGAUUAAACCACGAUUCCUGGAAAGUGCAGGUUUGAUGAGCAGGACAUAUCACCUGACAUUUUUCAAUAAAGUACCGUAAAAUGCU